CUGCGCUGCGCCGCGCUGCGCUCCAGCCCGGACCGGGCCGGGGCCGCUGGAUGCCGCGUCUCCGCUCCUGCUGCCGGCCGGGCGGGCUCCGGCGGCCGAGCAAGGUGGGACACAAAGGCCCCGUGCUAAGCACCUAUAAUCCUCUGGGGCUGCCACCCCUAGAGCCAGCAUUGCCACCAUGUUUAACCUAAUGAAGAAAGACAAGGACAAAGAUGGCGGGCGUAAGGAGAAGAAGGAGAAAAAGGAGAAGAAGGAGCGGAUGUCAGCGGCGGAGCUGCGGAGCCUGGAAGAGAUGAGCCUGCGACGUGGCUUCUUCAAUCUGAACCGCUCCUCCAAGCGUGAAUCUAAGACACGCCUGGAAAUCUCCAAUCCCAUCCCCAUCAAAGUGGCCAGCGGCUCUGACCUGCACCUGACCGACAUUGACUCCGACAGCAACAGGGGCAGCGUCAUCCUGGACUCAGGCCACCUGAGCACCGCCAGCUCCAGUGAUGACCUCAAGGGUGAGGAAGGCAGCUUACGCGGCUCUGUGCUGCAGCGGGCAGCCAAGUUUGGCUCCCUGGCUAAGCAGAACUCACAGAUGAUUGUCAAGCGCUUCUCCUUCUCCCAGCGCAGCCGGGAUGAGAGUGCCUCAGAAACCUCCACCCCCUCGGAGCACUCUGCUGCCCCGUCUCCACAGGUGGAGGUGAGGACUCUAGAGGGACAGCUGAUGCAACAUCCUGGCCCAGGCAUCCCUCGACCAGGACCUCGGUCCCGAGUCCCUGAGCUGGUGUCUAAAAGGUUCCCGGCUGACCUGCGCUUGCCCCCCGUGGUACCCCCACCACCCCCUGCCCUCCGGGAGCUGGAACUGCAGCGUCGGCCCACAGGGGACUUUGGCUUUUCCCUGCGGCGCACAACCAUGCUGGAUCGGGGCCCCGAGGGACAGGUCUAUCGGAAGGUGGUUCACUUUGCUGAGCCCGGUGCGGGCACCAAGGACUUGGCCCUGGGGCUGGUGCCAGGUGAUCGUCUGGUGGAGAUUAAUGGACACAACGUGGAGAGCAAGUCCAGGGAUGAGAUUGUGGAGAUGAUCCGGCAGUCUGGGGACAGCGUGCGGCUCAAGGUGCAGCCCAUCCCAGAGCUCAGUGAGCUGAGCCGGAGCUGGCUGCGGAGUGGUGAGGGACCCCGCAGGGAGCCAGCCCAUCUGGACCCUGAGGCUGCCUCUCCUGCCCACAGCCAGGUAGUCUACUCCUGCCCCCCUCAGGAGCCCUCCGCUUCCUCCGGUGACCACCCGCCACCCCCGGCCUGUACCUGGGCUGGCGUCUGUGCUCGGGCCUCGUGCUGGAGUGGGAAGACAGAAGAGCAGAUCGCAGCAGAGGAGGCCUGGUAUGAGACAGAGAAGGUGUGGCUGGUCCAUAAGGACGGCUUCUCCCUGGCCAGUCAGCUCAAAUCCGAGGAGCUCAGCUUGCCUGAGGGGAAGGUGCGUGUGAAGCUAGACCAUGACGGAGCUAUCCUGGAUGUGGAUGAGGAUGAUGUGGAGAAGGCUAACGCUCCCUCCUGCGACCGUCUAGAGGAUCUGGCCUCACUGGUGUACCUCAACGAAUCCAGUGUCCUGCACACGCUGCGCCAGCGCUAUGGUGCCAGCCUGCUGCACACAUACGCCGGCCCCAGCCUGCUUGUCCUCAGCCCCCGUGGGGCCCCGGCUGUGUACUCUGAGAAGGUGAUGCACAUGUUCAAGGGGUGUCGACGGGAGGACAUGGCCCCCCACAUCUAUGCCGUGGCACAGACUGCGUACAGGGCGAUGCUGAUGAGCCGUCAGGACCAGUCCAUCAUCCUCCUGGGCAGUAGUGGCAGUGGCAAGACCACCAGCUGCCAGCACCUGGUGCAGUAUUUGGCCACCAUUGCAGGCACCAGUGGGAACAAGGUGUUUUCUGUGGACAAGUGGCAGGCUCUGUACACUCUCCUGGAAGCCUUUGGAAACAGCCCCACCGUCAUGAACGGCAACGCCACCCGCUUCUCCCAGAUCCUUUCCCUGGACUUUGACCAAGCCGGCCAGGUGGCUUCAGCCUCCCUCCAGACGAUGCUUCUGGAGAAGCUGCGUGUGGCUCGGCGUCCGGCUGGUGAGGCCACAUUCAACAUCUUCUACUACCUGCUAGCCUGUGGGGAUGGCACCCUCAGGACAGAGCUCCACUUGAACCACUUGGCAGAGAACAACGUGUUUGGGAUUGUGCCACUGGCCAAGCCGGAGGAGAAGCAGAAGGCAGCUCAACAGUUCAGUAAGCUACAGGCAGCCAUGAAGGUGCUGGGCAUCUCCCCCGAUGAACAGAAAGUCUGCUGGCUCAUCCUGGCUGCCAUCUACCACCUGGGGGCUGCUGGCGCCACCAAAGAAGCUGCCGAAGCUGGGCGCAGGCAGUUUGCCCGCCAUGAGUGGGCCCAGAAGGCUGCGUACCUGCUGGGCUGCAGCCUGGAAGAGCUCUCCUCGGCCAUCUUCAAGCACCAGCAUCAGGGCGGCACCCUGCAGCGCUCCACCUCCUUCCGCCAGGGCCCUGAAGAAAGCAGCCUAGGGGACGGCCCAGGCCCCAAACUGAGUGCGCUGGAGUGCUUGGAGGGCAUGGCGUCUGGCCUCUACAGCGAGCUCUUCACGCUUCUCAUCUCCCUGGUGAACAGGGCUCUCAAGUCCAGCCAGCACUCUCUGUGCUCUAUGAUGAUUGUGGACACUCCCGGCUUCCAGAACCCUGAGCAGGGUGGGUCAGCCCGCGGGGCCUCCUUUGAAGAGCUGUGCCACAACUACGCCCAGGACCGGCUGCAGAGGCUCUUCCACGAGCGCACCUUUGUACAGGAAUUGGAAAGAUACAAGGAGGAGAACAUCGAGCUGGCGUUUGAUGACUUGGAGCCAGCCACGGACGACUCUGUGGCUGUUGUCGACCAAGCCUCCCAUCAGUCCCUGGUCCGCUCACUGGCCCGCACAGAUGAGGCUAGGGGCCUACUGUGGUUAUUGGAAGAGGAGGCGCUGGUGCCAGGGGCCACUGAGGACGCCCUGCUGGAGCGCCUUUUCUCCUACUAUGGCCCCCAGGAAGGUGACAAAAAAGGCCAAAGCCCUCUCCUGCGCAGCAGCAAACCGCACCACUUUCUCCUGGGCCACAGCCACGGCACCAACUGGGUGGAGUACAACACGGCUGGCUGGCUGAGUUACACCAAACAGAACCCAGCCACCCAGAAUGCCCCCCGACUCCUGCAGGACUCCCAGAAAAAAAUCAUCAGCAACCUGUUCCUGGGCCGGGCGGGUGGAGCCACGGUGCUCUCAGGCUCCAUUGCGGGCCUGGAGGGCAGCUCGCAGCUGGCGCUGCGCCGGGCCACCAGCAUGCGGAAGACCUUCACCAUGGGGAUGGCAGCUGUCAAGAAGAAGUCCCUGUGCAUACAGAUUAAGCUGCAGGUGGAUGCCCUCAUCGACACCAUCAAGAAGUCAAAGCUGCAUUUCGUGCAUUGCUUCCUGCCUCUGGCAGAGUGCUGGGCUGGGGAGCCCCGUUCCGCCUCCUCCCGCAGAGUCAGCAGCAGCAGUGAGCUGGACCUGCCCCCAGGAGACCACUGCGAGGCUGGGCUCCUGCAGCUGGACGUGCCCCUGCUCCGUGCCCAGCUCAGGGGCUCCCGCCUGCUUGAUGCCAUGCGCAUGUACCGCCAAGGUUACCCUGAUCACAUGGUGUUUUCCGAGUUCCGCCGCCGCUUCGACGUCCUGGCUCCACACCUGACCAAGAAACACGGGCGCAACUACAUUGUGAUGGAUGAAAGGCGGGCAGUGGAGGAGCUACUAGAAUCCUUGGACCUGGAGAAAAGCAGCUGCAGCAUGGGCCUGAGCCGGGUAUUCUUCCGGGCGGGCACAUUGGCACGUCUGGAGGAGCAGCGGGAUGAACAAACCAGCAGGAACCUAACCUUGUUCCAGGCGGCCUGCCGGGGCUACCUGGCCCGCCAACACUUCAAGAAGAAAAAGAUCCAGGACCUGGCCAUUCGCUGUGUGCAGAAGAACAUCAAGAAGAACAAAGGGGUGAAGGACUGGCCCUGGUGGAAGCUCUUCACCACCGUGCGACCCCUUAUCGAGGUUCAGCUGUCGGAGGAGCAGAUCCGGAACAAAGACGAGGAGAUCCAGCAGCUGAGAAGCAAGCUUGAGAAGGUGGAGAAGGAGCGGAAUGAGCUGCGGCUCAGCAGUGACCGGCUGGAGACCCGGAUCUCCGAGCUGACAUCGGAGCUGACGGAUGAACGUAACACAGGGGAGUCCGCCUCCCAGCUGCUGGACGCGGAGACUGCGGAGAGGCUCCGGGCAGAGAAAGAGAUGAAGGAGCUGCAGACCCAGUAUGAUGCACUGAAGAAGCAAAUGGAGGUGAUGGAAAUGGAGGUGAUGGAGGCCCGUCUCAUCCGGGCAGCUGAGAUCAACGGGGAAGUGGAUGAUGAUGACACAGGUGGCGAGUGGCGCCUUAAGUAUGAGCGAGCAGUGCGGGAGGUGGACUUCACCAAGAAGCGGCUCCAGCAGGAGUUUGAGGACAAGCUGGAGGUGGAGCAGCAGAACAAGAGGCAGCUGGAGAGGCGGCUUGGGGACCUGCAGGCAGAUAGUGACGAGAGCCAGCGGGCCCUGCAGCAGCUCAAGAAGAAGUGUCAGCGGCUGACGGCCGAGCUGCAGGACACCAAGCUUCACCUGGAGGGCCAGCAAGUCCGCAACCAUGAGCUGGAGAAGAAGCAGAGAAGGUUUGACAGUGAGCUCUCGCAGGCACACGAGGAGGCCCAGCGGGAGAAGCUGCAGCGGGAGAAGCUGCAGCGGGAGAAAGACACGCUCCUUGCUGAGGCUUUCAGCCUGAAGCAGCAACUGGAGGAGAAAGACAUGGACAUUGCGGGGUUCACCCAGAAGGUUGUGUCACUUGAAGCUGAGCUUCAGGACAUUUCUUCCCAAGAGUCCAAGGAUGAGGCCUCUCUGGCCAAGGUCAAGAAACAGCUCCGGGACCUGGAAGCUAAAGUCAAGGAUCAGGAAGAGGAGCUGGAUGAGCAGGCGGGGACCAUCCAGAUGCUGGAGCAGGCCAAGCUGCGGCUCGAGAUGGAGAUGGAGCGGAUGAGGCAGACCCAUUCCAAGGAGAUGGAGAGUCGGGAUGAGGAGGUAGAAGAGGCCCGGCAGUCGUGUCAGAAGAAGUUAAAGCAAAUGGAAGUACAGCUUGAGGAGGAGUAUGAGGACAAGCAGAAGGUGCUGCGGGAGAAGCGGGAGCUGGAGAGCAAGCUGGCCACACUUAGUGACCAGGUGAACCAGCGGGACUUUGAGUCAGAGAAGCGGCUCCGAAAGGACCUGAAGCGCACCAAGGCCCUGCUGGCGGAUGCCCAGAUCAUGCUGGACCACCUGAAGAACAACGCACCCAGCAAGAGGGAGAUUGCCCAGCUGAAGAACCAGCUGGAGGAGUCAGAGUUCACCUGUGCAGCAGCCGUGAAAGCGCGGAAAGCAAUGGAGGUGGAGAUUGAAGACCUGCAUCUGCAGAUCGAUGACAUCGCCAAAGCCAAGACAGCGCUGGAGGAGCAGCUGAGCCGUCUUCAGCGGGAGAAGAAUGAGAUCCAGAACCGGCUGGAGGAGGAUCAGGAGGACAUGAAUGAGCUGAUGAAGAAGCACAAGGCAGCCGUGGCUCAGGCCUCCCGGGACCUGGCUCAGAUGAAUGAUCUCCAAGCUCAGCUAGAAGAAGCCAACAAAGAGAAGCAGGAGCUGCAGGAAAAGCUACAAGCCCUUCAGAGCCAAGUGGAGUUCCUGGAGCAGUCCAUGGUGGACAAGUCCCUGGUGAGCAGACAAGAAGCUAAGAUCCGAGAGCUGGAGACACGCCUGGAGUUCGAAAGGACCCAAGUGAAGCGGCUGGAGAGCCUGGGCAGCCGGCUCAAGGAGAACAUGGAGAAGCUGACCGAGGAGCGGGAUCAGCGCAUAGCAGCUGAGAACCGGGAGAAGGAGCAGAACAAGAGGCUACAGCGACAACUCCGGGACACCAAGGAGGAGAUGAGCGAGCUUGCCAGGAAGGAGGCCGAGGCAAGCCGCAAGAAGCAUGAACUGGAGAUGGAUCUGGAGAGUCUGGAAGCUGCUAACCAGAGCUUGCAGGCCGAUCUGAAACUGGCAUUCAAGCGCAUCGGGGACCUACAGGCUGCCAUUGAGGAUGAGAUGGAGAGCGAUGAGAACGAGGACCUCAUCAACAGUUUGCAGGACAUGGUGACAAAGUAUCAGAAAAGAAAGAAUAAACCUGAGGGGGACUCCGAUGUGGACUCGGAGCUGGAGGACCGGGUCGACGGGGUCAAGUCGUGGUUGUCGAAAAACAAGGGGCCUUCCAAGACGGCUUCUGAUGAUGGCAGCUUGAAGAGUUCCAGAACGGCCCUCAACACCCAGGGGAAGGAGGGCAAAGGGGUGGAGGAGAGGCCGGCCUCCGUGCUGAGCUCCCUGAGCUAUCGGAAACGGCUCACCCUGAAGGACUCCAUCGGGGGCACUGGGGACGAGGAUUCACUCUUCACCACCCUGAGUGAGCGGGCCGCCUCCCCCGAGAGGCCCCCCCGGAAGGCCCGCGGGGGCCCCAGGGAGGAGCCGAGCCAGGGCAGGAAGUCUUCGGAGCCUGAUGAAUGCGGCUCUGUCUUCUCUGGGGUCGGGGGCCGUGCCAGCAGGGGGCUGGAGAAGCGGUGGGGCUCAGACUUUGACCGGGCCUCAACCGUCUCUGCGCCCGUCAGCCGGGCCUCCUCGGCCACACGGCGUGGCUCCGGUGAGGACGGGACCCGCUCCUCCAUGAGCUUCUCGCUAUCAGGCUCACCCAGUUCCCGCCGCAGCAGCUCCCGGCUCGACAGCCUGUCGAGGACCCUCAGCCCUUCCUUGAGCCGGGCCUCGGCCCUAGGUCGGGAGAGCCCCGAUUCCCGCCUGUCCCUGGGCCAGAGCUGCCUGGAUGAUUGGGACGAUGGAGCCAGUGUGGCCUUGAGUGAGGCCCACUCACAGUAUAGCCACCCGUCGCUGGCCCGCAGCCUGUCGGUGCCACCGCAGCCCCGUGUCUCGGCCUCUGCCAAGAAUGAGCCUCUUGGCUCCAGCAUCCGCCCUGUCAGCCGUCAGUCCUACCUGGACCCAGACCUGGAGGCUGCCAUCAAUGAAGUCUUGAGCUACAAGCCCGUCCCAUUCCACCGGAGGAGCCUGGAGCCUGACUCCGAGGAUGACGACCGGAAGAGCAUCCAAAGUACCCGGAGUGCCCAACUGGACCUUCCAGAGCGGUCCACCAACAUCCGCCGCUCAGCCUCUGCCGCUGAUGUCUCCCGGUCCCACAGCAGCCGGAAGAGCCGGAGCAAGAGAAGAAGCAGCUCCAGCUCCAGCUCCAGCUCAGAAGAUUCUUCGGAACACAGGCGGCGGAAGAAGGGGCGCUCUCGAAAGAGCAAGAAGAAGUCCAAAUCAAGAAGAAAGAGAACAGAGACGGAGUCUGAGUCCUCCUCGUCGACAUCCAGUGGCUCUACUGCCUCGGGCCACAGCCGCUCAAGCGUGAAGAAGGGCCCAGCUGCAGAGAACGAGGAGGCUGGGCAGGUGCACCGGCCAUCUCGGAAGGAGGAGAAGAAGCGCAAGAAAGAGGUGGACAGCCUGAUGAUGCGGUACCUGUACCGGCCCGAGAGCGACUAGUGCACCCCACCAGCUACUGGAAGUCCCUUGCCCCUGACCGGUCAGAUGAUGAGCACGACCUUCUCGACAGCACCUCCAGGCCCCGAUACUCCCACAACUAUCUGAGUGACAGCGACACAGAGGCCAAGCAGACAGAGACCAAUGCAUAGCCCAGGGGAGUGAUGCACACCCCUCCCACCCACGGCCUACCGCUGCCUCGGCGCCUCUCCCGGGAAAUGGUGGGGCACGAGUCUCCCCCACCUGACUGUGGACCUGCAUGGGAAACACCGACCUUCUUCGGUCAGGGGGCUUCCAAGGCUGUGGGUAUCUGAAGUCUCUACGUGGAAGAGGUGGGAGGAAAAGCAGUUCUGAAAAAACUUUCUGCUCCUGCCUUAGGCCACCUUGGGCGAUAGCAGGUGGCUUGGCACUGCAUGGAGCCAGCAAGUUGACCUCCAUCUCAGCCCCCAGCUCAGGGACAGUGGACAGAUUGCCUACUGGGACGUUUUUGGGUUGCUGGGUCCAUGGGGAGGAGUUUGGGGAGGGAACAGCAAUUUCUUCCCCCUGGCUUGGGGUGAGGGCUUUUUCUUCUCAGUGCCUGCUGUCUUUUUCUUUUUAAUUUAAAUACUCAACCUCUCUGUCGCAGCUGCAUCCCUGAGAGUGGGAGGGGGUUGCGGUGGCAGCCAGCCCGCCUCCUCACACCGGGAAUGACUAGGGGAAUCUCAGCUUCAUCUUCACUCUUCAGAGAUCAGUCUUUUCUCUGUGCAGCUGGAGAGACUGGUGAGCAGAGGUGGAUCCAGGUUCUUAAGAGUCCUCGUAGGGAGGGGCUCUCAGGUGCUUCUGGGUUUGGGGUGAGCAAGCCUACACAGACAGGGGUGCAUACGUACCAGCCGGAACUUCCAGCCCCCACCCCUCUUUGUCUCAUCAGUGUGUUAAGUGCAAUGACCUAUUUAAAAGUAAACCCAUUCCACCUACACCAGUUCAGGGCUUAUCCAAGCACUGCCUCCCACCCCUCUGUCCAAGUUUCCUGGAUGACAAGCUCAGCUUAAGAGGGAAGACCUUGGGUUGAGGGCUUGUGAUCAGAAAAACUGAAGAUGGAAGUUUUGGUCAGUACUAAAGUAUAUUAGAUACGAGUCCUCACCCUGUGUCCUGAGCCUGAGUCAUUUUUCUUCUUCCAGUCACCUUGCCCACACACGCUUAUCCCAGACAUGACAACAUGCGGACCGACAGUCCCCGCCUCCACCCUAAAGGUCAUCCCACCAACACCACCAGACUCGGGGGCCCAAGGGCAGUGCCUGGUGCCGCUCCCAUCUGCUGUCCCCCUCCUUUCCUGCAAUUGGUUUGUACUCAUUGGGCUGUGCUCUCUUCCCUGUUUACCUGAUGUAUGGAAAUAAAUGUCCUUUUCCUCUUG